GGGUGGUACGCGUUGGCCGGCCGCCGCCGUGGCAGCGUCGCUGAUUGGAUGGUUUUCGGUUGGUAGGGGAAGGGUGACAGCAGAGUUGGAUCAGCAGGAAGAUGGCGGGGAUUAAAGCUCUGGUUGGUUUAUCCUUCAGUGGUGCCAUAGGCCUGACUUUCCUCAUGUUGGGAUGUGCCCUUGAACAAUAUGGCAUUUAUUGGCCCUUGUUUGUGCUGAUAUUUUACUUCCUGUCACCUAUCCCGAGCUUUAUUGCACGAAGAUUGGGUGAUGACACCGAUGCAGCAAGCAGCGCCUGUCGUGAACUUGCGUAUUUUUUCACCACAGGGAUUGUUGUUUCUGCCUUUGGGCUCCCAAUAAUACUUGCUCGAGUUUCAGUGAUCCAGUGGGGAGCCUGUGGACUCGUGCUGGCAGGCAAUGCAGUAAUCUUUCUCACCAUUUUGGGCUUUUUCCUAGUGUUUGGUAGAGGGGAUGACUUUAGUUGGGAGCAAUGGUAGUUUUGCAAUGAACCCUGGAUAUGAUGACCCUUUGAUGCUGAACCUACUAAAGCUCCAACUAAAGUGCAGUGUGUAUCAUCUGUAAAUGCAGCAUUCAAAAAUAACCCAAGAUUCAUUUGUAUAUUAAAUAUAGUUACUUCAUGACCUAGGUCUGUGCUAAUCUGUGAUUUUAUUUGAACAAAAAGCUGGGCCUUUGCAAAUAUUUGCCUGUGUUGACCAAUGAACAAAGUGCAUGAUAGCAUCUACUUUGAUGAGAUGAAAACAUACUCCUUAGUUCUUGAAACAUGCAUCAGAUUUUUCAUUUUAAUACAUUGUAUAAACAAAAGUAAAACUAAUGGAGGAGUUCUGAUAUGAUUGGUGGCGUUGUUAGUUGAAUUUUUAGUUGAAUUUGACUGGGGGAUUUACCAUUGGCCCACUCUGGAGGUAUAGAGAGGUAUAAAUCCUCUUGACUAGAUAGUUAUUUGUUCUGCCUCUUUUUAAGCAAGAGACCUUCAUUAUUGACCUGGCAUUUACCUUGAUGUCAGAGCUUUUACAAUAAAUCUUGAGCAUCUACAUAUUAUUUCCAAUGAAUAGAAUGUCACCAUUUGCUCUUUCAGAGUUUGUCUUGCCAUUUUGAAAUGCUUAUAUAAAAGUUCAUAGUGCUUUAACAACUUAAAAUGCAAUGUAUUUAAGAUAUCCUUAAGACCUCUAGGAUCUUUUUCUUUUUGUCGCUAUAUGCAAGACAAAAAGAGGUUUGAAAUGCUUAGAAACAGAAGCACUACUCAAAAAUUCUUGACAACCGUUGUAUUAAGUGUUCUACCCUUUCUAAUGCUGACUCUCUCAUGUUUUGAAGAAAGGAUUAUUUGACUAAAACGAACAUUUAUUGUAUCUUCUAUGUAUUAACAUUAAAGUUAAUGUAAGGAAUAUCUCCACUACACACAUGUUGUUCCUAGUGGAGAAAGACUUCUGAAAUUUAGGUAUCUAAAAAGAAUGUGAUGGGGCUAUGGGAACAUUGAAGCUGAUUACAUUAUGUGGUAUUUGUAACCAAUAAUUUCACAGUAUAUUAUCGAUAUUGUAUACCCUUAAUGAAAGGUUUAAUUUCAAUAUUAAGCCAAGCCCAAAGAUGUAUGUAUAGAUGCAGCGUUAAAUGCCAUACUUGUGGUAACUCAUUGGCACCAUGCUGUGCCUACUACUGUUCAUACAUUGACUUGUGUUCUCCCAAAUGGAAACAAGAAUAAGAAAUACAUUAAACUUAAAGCAUGUGACCAUCUUGACAAUUUCUAUAUUUUGUUUCCAGAAUGAUUUUGUAACUUACAGGCUUAGCCAUGGAGCAUGUUUUUUUUGGAAGAAGCUUUGACUACAUAUUGUAGCAUAUGUCAAAUUAAAUUAUAAAGGCUAGUGUUUCAUAAUAUUAGAUGAAUGUCUAAUAUAAUAUUUGUAUGCUUAUUGAAUGCUGGCAUUAAGUAUUUAAAGGCAUGGUUUCCAUAUAUGUAGUUAAUAUUUCCUGGAUUAAAUUUGGCCUUGUUAAUUGAAAUGCAGCCUAAAGCUAAUUGGAGAAAAACAUUCUGAAGUCAGUUAUCUCUCCCAUUUUGUUAUUUGUGUAUUUAAUAUCUUAAACCAUAGUCUCUGGGAAAUGUUAAAGUUGUAAAUUGCAAAUGAAGAUUAUGCCCAUCUUAAAUAGUGUCCUUUUGCAUGUAUAGAAACUGAAAUAUUGUGUGCAAAAUUAUUCAUUUGUAUGCUGGCAGGGCACAGGUCAUGAAUCAGUUCCUUGCCUUCAGAUCAUUUAAAUGUUGCACUAAGUUGGAAACUUGUUUUGACUAUUCCUGUUGGUCAUUUGAUACAAGUAAAAGUUGAAGAAUAGCAUUAAUUAUUGAUCUUCAAAUUUAGAAGAUAUUUUUAAUAGAUUUAUUUGUGGAGGCAGGGGUUAAUUUUUUGUUAAAUGGGGUUCCCUUUGGUUGAAGUUUCUUAUUAUGACUAUGUAAGAAUAUUGUAAGCUUCAAAUGCCACAGAUUGCUUUUAAACUUUUGUAUGUGAAUUGUUUACUGAAUGUUAUUGUCAAUAAAUUUUCAAUACUUUUUCCACUGCA